AUGCCACGUUCCGUUCAACACUGGCCGGGGGGAAUCCCCAGGUGUAUCAAACCACACCCACAAACGGAGAUAACUCUCGACCAGGCCGCGGAGGAAGUCAAGGGCUGGCUACUCUUUGUACAGGAAAAUUGGGUUCCUGGAGCCAAUGCUUCUGACGGAACAUAUGAGCUGAAUCAAAGACGCCAGCUUAUUGAAAAAUGGGCAUCAGCCACACAGGAAUUUCGUGAUUCAUACCAAUCGCGAGCGCCUACGUCUUCUUACUGUCAGUAUCCAGCCGAAGCAUUAUCACACAUAGAUGACACUCUUCAGACUCUUAAGCUAGGUAGAACUACCUGCCGGUACCAACCUGGCCUGGUUUCUACCGUCCCCGUCGACGAGGCCCACGCUGCCAAUCGGGAGCGAUGGGUCAAACUCGCUAUUUUGUUUUACAACUAUGAGAUGGUGACCGGGCACUGUCUUGACGAUAAUUACAUGCCCUCGGAAGCUAUCCUAAACCCAGAGAUCACCACUAAUCCUUCGAUAGAGGAUUUUCUGUCCUGGAAGUAUUUGGAGACCGCAAACUUCCUCAUUAUCGGCCUCACACACACUGGCACUGUACUCAACAUCGGGUGUCACCCAUAUGUGCUGGUUGAUGAAGAGGGUCUGAGAACCGGUCGUUUGACACUGGUCAAUUAUGAUGUCAAUGGGACUGUGAAGGAGAGUCUUCACAUCCGCCCGUUCAAUAUGCGAAGGCCAUACAGUCAUGCGAUGAUGGAUUUUGAUAAGAUCCUUGAUCGUGUUGAUGGUGCCUACACGCACCAGAAUCUACCUCUUGACAUGGGCCUGCCAAUCAUCGAUAUUCUCUGUCAAGCUAAGGCUGCUGACCAACUAUCAAAGGCGAUGAAAUCGUCUUAUCGAGAGAAAUGGGUGGAGGAUGUCGAGCUUUAUGCUCCGGGCUAUCUGGCCCUCGAGGCUGAAGGGCGUGCGGGGGAGUAUUCUCUAGACCGUCUCACACUCCCAGACCCAGACACUAGGUCCGACUUUAACCUCGCUCUUUAG